UCAGAAUAUUGGAUUUACACAGCCAUACGUAAAAUUACUCUACUCCGAAACCUUUUCAAGUUAUAAAAAAAGUGUAUAAAAAAGUUGUUUAGCAUCAAUCGGCUUUUUUGUUUAUUUUUUUAUCAUUUUAUUGAAUAUAUACAUCAUGUGAUCAUUUUUGCGAACAUAUACAAAUGUACAUUUUGUAUAAGGAAAUAUUUAAACAAUGGAAACACGGCAUUUAAAAUGAAAUAAAAAGGUAGAAAAUGCCCGGAGAAGGUUUUGAAGAAGAAAUACCUAUUUAGAUAAAAAUUGUGUACUAUUUAGGAAAAUUUUAUCAUAAUUUGAAACAGAGGAAGGCAAGAUGUAUUUUGUGAAAGUUGGGAUAUAUACACUCACCUUUUUUGCCAUGGAGAUAUUGAUAGUGAAUGGGGGAGGGAAACAUUACUGUGAGAGACCGGCUACAAACCCUUGUCAGAAUGGUGCCACUUGUAAAGCCUAUUCAGGCGGCAAUGCUUAUUACUGUAUAUGCAUGGAAGGAUACACUGGAUAUAAUUGCGAGUUAAUUAAUUGCACUAGCCGCGUACAUUGUGGCCAGUAUGGUGAAUGUCAAUCUAUCAAUGGAGGCAGGGAUAAAACGUGUCUUUGUUAUUAUGGAUGGACAGGGACAAGCUGCAAUCAAAUAGAUGUGUGUACCCCAUACAAGAAAGCCGACAUAGUUUUUGUCAUUGACAUAUCACUAAGCGAGGGUUAUGGUACAUUUGUGAAACAGAAACAAUACGUCAAGAACUUUAUCUCCAAAUACCAAAUAGGUCCACCCAACUACCGCUACCAGUUUAGCCUCGUAACAUAUUCACUCCUAGCGACCGUUCAUUUUUAUUUCAACACUUAUGAAAACAUAACAGAUUUGCAAAACGCUAUAGAUUUGAUAAGUGUAGAUUGUGAAGGUCCUAGUCUAACUGGUAAUGCUUUGAAAAUAGUUCGAACAGAUAUAUUCCGAGCGAUCAAUGGUGCAAGAAUCCAGGGCGACGUGGACCAGUAUGUGAUUUUACUGACAGAUGGACUUUCGUCUGAUCCGACGGCUGUCGUGGAAGAAGCGGAUCUGCUUAAAGCCGAGGGUGUAAGGAUAUACACUGUUGGAAGCGGAACGUCAAUAAGGCAUGACGCACUGCUAGAAAUAUCAACAACCAAUAGAUAUGUUUUUCCAAUUGCAACAGAAGAUUCACUACAAACCAUCCUUAAAUAUACAAUGUAUGGUUGCGAUAAAUGUACAUCUAAAGUAUCCGAUGUUGCGAUCCUAAUGGAUGUGUCAGCCAGUAUUAAACACCAAGAGCUGGAUAUCCAGAUCAGAGCCGUCAUACAUUUACUCGGGAUCACAAAAGUUGGACCAAAGGCUACACAGUUUAGUUACUCUACGUUUACAGAGACAGUCCACAAUGUUUACGACUUCACAACAUAUAAGUCACGAGCCGAUCAAAUUGCUGAUGUUAGUAAGACAACUAGGCAGACUAUUUCAACAACUGCUAAUUUAGCGAACGCGUUGAAUGAAUUAAAUCAAAAUGGAUUUUCAGCAGGAAAAGGUUCAAGACUAGACGCCAGGAAGAUCGUGGUGGUUGUUACCACCGGAAGUACGAAUGAUAUGCAACAGGUGUUAGCAGAAACAAAGCAACUUAAGGACUCCGGGAAUAUAAUUGUUACUGUAGGCGUUGGGUUGAAUGCAUAUUAUACAAAUCUGUUGAAGAUAUCGUCAGACCCCACCUUAACAUUUAUACUCGGUGAUGACGUUCAUAUUAACGUCAAUGUUCUAGAUUCUUUAAAAACGUUGCUUGUGUAUGAUCAAUAUUGCAGUAGUUCCUUAUAUUGUAUAAACGGAGGAACAUGUUCCAGUUUUAAUGGAGGUUCAAGAUAUACGUGUAAGUGUGCCAAUGGCUGGAUGGGAUCAAACUGUGAACAGAUUGAUGUUUGUACGCCAUAUAAAAAAGCCGACAUUGUAUUUGUCUUGGACACUUCCCUGAGUGAAGGUGAUGAUGGAUUUGAGAAACAGAAACAAUACGUCAAGAGGUUCAUAUCAAAAUACCAAUACCAAAUUGGGCCACCGAAUUAUCGUUACCAAUUUAGCCUAAUAACAUAUUCUCUACAUGCGACCGUCCACUUUUACUUCAAUACCUUCAACAACGAGACAGAUUUACAAAACGCGAUGGAUUUGUUAAAAGUUAAUUGUAGUGGUCCUAGUUUAGCUGGAAAUGCUUUGAAGAUAGUCCGAGGAGAUGUGUUCCAAACCUCUAACGGUGCACGAAAGGAUCCUGACGUUGAACGGUAUAUUAUGUUACUAUCAGAUGGACUUUUGUCGGAUGCGCCAGACACCAUCCUAGAAGCAAAUGUAUUAAAGGUCAAUGGCUUUAAGAUAUACACAAUUGGCAGCGGAAAAUCAAUACUUCAUGAGAACUUGUUAGAAAUAUCAUCAUUUAAUGAUUACGUAUUUCAUAUGGCAACAGAGGAUGGGAUACAAACACUUCUAAAACACACAAUGUUUGGUUGCAAAAAAUGUUCAUCAAAAGUAUCCGAUGUUGCGAUCCUAAUGGAUGUGUCAGCCAGUAUUAAACACCAAGAGCUGGAUAUCCAGAUCAGAGCCGUCAUACAUUUACUCGGGAUCACAAAAGUUGGACCAAAGGCUACUCAGUUUAGUUACUCUACGUUUACAGAGACAGUCCACAAUGUUUACGACUUCACAACAUAUAAGUCACGAGCCGAUCAAAUUGCUGAUAUUAGUAAGAAAACUAGGCAGACUAUUUCAACAACUGCAAAUUUAGCGAACGCGUUGAAUGAAUUAAAGCAAAAUGGAUUUUCAGCAGGGAGAGGUUCAAGACUAGACGCAAGGAAGAUCAUUGUGGUUGUUACCACCGGAAGUACGAAUGAUAUGAAACAGGUUUUAACAGAAACAAAUAAACUUAGGAACUCUGGGAAGAUAAUUGUAACUGUAGGUGCUGGGUUGAAUGCAAAUUAUACAAAUCUGUUGGAGAUAUCGUCAGACCCCGCCUUAACAUUUAUACUCGGUGAUGACGUUCAUAUUAACGUCAAAGUUUUAGAUUCCUUAAAAACGUUGCUCGAGAACCCGGAACACGGGCUAUGUAAGUUUACCUGUUUUAUCUUCAUUAAGGAAAAAGAUAAUGGAAUUGACCCUUGUGAGCACGGGGUGUGUAGCUCAAAUAACAACGGACAUUCUUAUAAUUGCACAUGUGAGCCAGGAUGGAAAGCAAAAAAUUGCAACCAAAUCGACUGUUCCAGUCCUCUGUAUUGUUUAAAUGGAGGGAUGUGUGUUCCAACAAACGGAGGGACGAGUUCUGAGUGUCACUGCACGAAUGGAUGGACGGGAAAUAAUUGUCAAAAAGAAGAUGUUUGUACGCCGUAUAAAAAAGCCGACAUUGUUUUUGUCUUGGACACUUCCAUGAGUGAAGGUGAUGAUGCAUUUGAGAAACAGAAACAAUACGUCAAAAAGUUCAUCUCAAGAUACCAAUACCAAACAGGGCCGCCGAACUAUCGUUACCAAUUUAGCCUCGUAACAUAUUCCCUACAGGCGAAAGUUCACUUUUACUUGAACACCUUUAGCAACAUUACAGAUUUACAGAACGCAAUAGAUUCAAUGAAAGAAAAUUGUAGUGGUCCAAGUAUGACUAAAACUGCUUUGAAAACCGUCCGAAAUGACGUCUUAACAACAGUUAAUGGUGCUAGAGACAAACCUGUAGAACAGUAUGUUAUAUUAGUGACUGACGGUUUGUCAUCAUACCCAAUUCAUGCUGUGGAAGAGGCCGUUUUGCUGAAACGCAACGGUGUGACGAUAUACUCAGUAGGUACCGGUGAUUCUAUAAGACACGAGGAGUUGCUAGAUAUAUCAAAAUUUUCAGCAUAUGAUGAUCACGUACUAGUUUUUCCAAUGGCAACAGAUGACUCGAUUCAACAUCUUCUGAAGUACACCAUGUUUGAAUGCGAUAAAUGUUCAAUAGGUGCGUCAGACGUCCAAAUACUUAUGGAUGUGUCAGCCAAUAUCAAAGAAAAAGAUUUUAGUACCCAGGUACAGGCAGUCAUUCAUAUACUGGCAAACGCAGACAUCGGGCCAGAGUUUACUCAGUUACGGUACUCCACUUUUACUGACACUGCUAAUACUAUCUAUGACUUUGACACUUACAACGAUAGUCGUGAUCACAUAGCUGAGGUGAGUAGGAAAACAAAACAGGCAUCAUCAACAAACGUCGACGUCGCAAAGGCUUUGGACGUCAUAUAUUUGCACGGAUUUUCAAAUUCAACAGGUGCAAGGCCCGGAGCUAGACAAAUUUUAAUCUUGAUAACGUCUGGAAAUAUUUCAGAUAUGCAAAAAGUUCUUAUGAAGGCGAAGCAUUUUAAGGAUCAAGGAGUGAUUGUCGUCACAAUAGGUGCUGGAUUGAAUUCAAAUUAUACAAACUUAUUAGAAAUAGCGUCAGAUCCAUUCUUUACGUUUAUACUCGGAGAUGACGUGAACAUUGACGUUAAAGUUCUUGAUUCACUAAAAACAACAUUGGUGUACGGACACUGUCCACAUGUUUAGUGAGCCACCCUUUCAUGCUUACCGUCCGAUUAGCUUUUCAAAGGGAUAGGUCUACAAUAGGCAAUUUUUUCCAUUAGUAUUUUAAAUAUUGAUAAAGACCAAUAGAAAUGUAUCAAUUAGGUAUUCUUAUAAAAUGUUGCUGAAAAAAAUGUUGUUAUCGUUGUUAUCGUUAUAGUUUCAUAAAUCGUAUCACGUAAAUAUACUGUAUGCCCUACGUAGAUAUGCACCACGUAGAUAUACUGUAUGCAGCGGACCUUCAUAUAGUACAACAUUUAUAUGAUGAAUAAUAAUACUUUGUUCAAGAACACUUUAUUAUCUGUUAUAUAAAUAGAUUUGAUGUCGGAUCAUAAUUUUACACUUCCUAACAACUUUCAUAUAUUACUAGUAUUUUUUCCUGGUUUGUUUUUUUUAUGUCUGAAACUUAUUACUUUCAACGUUAUUAUUCUUUGUAUUAUUUACCUUCCACCAUAUACCGAUUAACUUUAAAAAACUUUGAACGAAAAAUGUUUGUAAAACAGAAUGUUUUGUUCAUAGAGAAUAUUGUCAGUUAUAAUUAUGCCUAUAAACAAAGUUGCGACAAUAUACAUUUCACAUAAAAAAUGACGCUUGUGUGUUUUUAAAGAAUUUUAUUCUUUUACCAUAAGAGUCGUAUGGUAGUUAUCCAUCCAGACUAUCAAAACCCGACUCUCGAUUAUUCACAGAUAAUUUCUAAUAAAGUCAAAACAAGAUAAUUAUUGCUUGUAAAACAGAACAGAACGGAACAUUUACUCUAUUAAUUUUAGAAUGAGGCAACAUGACUUCUAUUCUAUACAAACAUGUACGAUAAUAAUCAAAUGGUCAAAAUACAUAAAAUAUACAAUAUUAUUGUCCAUUGACAUGUUAAUAUUGCAUAGAUAUAGUCUAGAUAAGAAAUCGAAACGCCUCUUUUUCAUAUUCCGUUCUUUUUUUACAUUCCUGGUUUAGAACGCCGACAUACGAAGCCUCGCUUUUUAAGAUCUCAUCCGAAAGACCAUUAAAUCGUUAGUGGUGGAGCAAGAUAUUAAACAUGUGAACUCUGUUUAAGUAAAAUGGCGCGGAACCACUGGUCUACGAAUUCGCUUGGAGCCAAGAAAGUUUGAAUAUAUAUACCAUGUUAUGCGAGCCUAUGAUUAUUUUAUAUAAUUUUAUAAUGAUUUUAAAAUUUAAUUCAUUAUGUGUCAAUUAUACAAAGCUUUCAUCAAAUUAAAGGCUUUUCAUUUUUCAUUGCCUUUUUCAAUUGCAAAUAUUAACACAUUUUAGAUAGCUGGUGUUGUAUAAUUUAAAUUACUCUGUUUCUUAAUUUUACAAUAUUCCAA